UAGGCGGUUUCCUAGAAACAUGAUUGCUUGCUGGUCUUGAUCUCACAGCUUUGUGAAGACUUCUUUGAUAAUGUCAAGUUCAGGCUACCCUCCUAACCAAGGGGCGUUCAGCACGGAACAGAGCCGCUACCCCGCUCACUCUGUCCAGUACACCUUCCCCAGCACGCGACACCAGCAGGAAUUUGCAGUUCCCGAUUAUCGCUCGUCUCACCUGGAAGUCAGUCAGGCAACCCAGCUCUUGCAGCAGCAGCAGCAACAGCAGCAACAACUUCGGCGCAGGCCUUCCUUGCUUUCUGAAUUUCACCCGGGCUCUGACAGGCCUCAGGAAAGGAGAACUGGAUAUGAACAGCAAUUUCAUCCAGGUCCGUCUCAGACAGAUCAUGAUUCACUGGAAUCUAAGCGACCACGUCUUGAACAAGUCUCUGAUUCCCAUUUUCAGCGUGUUAGUGCAGCUGCUGUCUUGCCUUUAGUACAUCCUCUGCAGGAAGGGUUGAGAUCUGCAGAUAUUAAGAAGGACCCGGCUUUUGGAGGAAAGCAUGAGGGACCAUCUUCUCCAAUUUCUGGUCAGCCUUGUGGGGAGGACCAAAAUGCUUCACCUUCAAAGCUGUCAAAGGAAGAAUUGAUACAGAGCAUGGACCGUGUAGAUCGUGAAAUUGCGAAAGUUGAACAGCAAAUCCUUAAACUGAAGAAAAAGCAACAACAACUUGAAGAAGAAGCUGCUAAGCCUCCAGAGCCGGAGAGGCCUGUCUCCCCUCCUCCCGUGGAACAGAAACACCGCAGUAUUGUCCAAAUUAUUUACGAUGAAAAUCGGAAAAAAGCAGAGGAAGCUCACAAGAUUUUUGAAGGCCUCGGUCCAAAAGUUGAACUGCCGCUUUACAACCAACCAUCAGACACAAAGGUCUACCAUGAAAACAUCAAAACAAACCAGGUGAUGAGGAAAAAGCUAAUACUGUUCUUUAAAAGAAGAAAUCACGCAAGAAAACAACGGGAACAGAAAAUCUGUCAACGUUAUGAUCAGCUGAUGGAGGCAUGGGAGAAAAAAGUUGACAGGAUAGAAAAUAAUCCACGCAGGAAAGCGAAGGAGAGCAAAACAAGAGAGUACUAUGAAAAACAAUUUCCAGAAAUCCGGAAACAAAGAGAACAGCAAGAACGAUUCCAAAGGGUUGGUCAGAGAGGGGCUGGACUUUCAGCAACUAUUGCUAGAAGUGAACAUGAGAUCUCUGAAAUCAUCGACGGACUUUCUGAGCAGGAGAAUAAUGAAAAACAAAUGCGCCAGCUCUCUGUCAUUCCUCCCAUGAUGUUUGAUGCAGAACAAAGACGAGUGAAGUUUAUUAAUAUGAAUGGUCUGAUGGAGGAUCCCAUGAAAGUUUAUAAAGACAGGCAGUUCAUGAAUGUCUGGACCGACCAUGAAAAAGAGAUUUUUAAGGAAAAGUUUGUCCAACAUCCCAAGAACUUUGGUCUAAUUGCUUCCUACCUGGAACGAAAGAAUGUUCCCGACUGUGUAUUAUAUUAUUAUUUGACCAAGAAAAAUGAAAAUUAUAAAGCCCUUGUGCGAAGGAAUUACGGUAAACGCAGAGGAAGAAACCAGCAACAAAUUGCUCGUCCUUCUCAAGAAGAAAAGGUAGAAGAAAAGGUAGAAGAGGAAAAAGCUGAAAAAUCAGAGAAAAAAGAGGAGGAAAAGAAAGAUGAGGAGGAAAAGGAUGAGAAAGAGGAAUCUAAAGACAAUACCAAAGAAAAGGACAAAGCUGAAGUUGCACCCGAGGAAACAGAGGAAAGGGAGCAGGCCGCUCCUAGGGGCCGAAAAACUGCCAAUAGCCAAGGUCGUCGUAAGGGCAGGAUCACCAGAUCGAUGACAAAUGAAGCUGCACAAGCAAACGCUGCUGCAGCUGCAGCCGCUGAAGAACCUCCUCCGCCUCUUCCACCCCCACCAGAACCUUCUUCUGCAGAACCUGUGGAGACAUCCCGCUGGACAGAAGAAGAAAUGGAAGUUGCUAAGAAAGGUCUAGUGGAACAUGGACGAAACUGGGCAGCAAUCGCCAAAAUGGUUGGGACGAAAAGUGAAGCUCAGUGUAAGAACUUCUAUUUCAACUACAAAAGGAGACACAAUCUGGACAGCCUUCUCCAACAGCACAAGCAGAAGUCUUCACGAAGGCCCCGCGAGGAGCGAGAUGUGUCACAGUGUGAGAGUGUAGCUUCAACUGUAUCAGCUCAGGAAGAUGAAGAUAUUGAAGCAUCUAAUGAAGAAGAGAAUCCAGAAGACAGUGAAGCAGAAGCUGCAAAACCAAGUGAAGAAACUCCAUCUGAGAGUGCUGCUUCGAAAGUAACCACUGAGGCAACAGCAGAACCGGAAUCUACAGUUAAUAAACCUGCAACCAGCACAUCUCCCUCCUUAACAGCCGAAAGUGUAUCAACAGCUGAAAGUCAGAACCCUGAGCCACAGGUUAAGGAGGAAAUAAAUAACGAGACAGAAGAGCCAAUGGAGGUUGACAGUAGAAGCCAUCCAGUUGAAGCCAAGCCUGUGAUUACUCUUCCAGUGCAUACCAAAGUAGAACCUGUAGAGACUGAAAUGAGGCUACCAGAGAAUAUUCAAGUGAAAAUAGAGAGUGAUACCAAAGAGAGAGAGAUGGAGAAACCCAAGGAGAAGUCAGAACCAGAGGAAAUGGACUAUAGUCUGUCACAACAAGUUAAUACAUCAAGACAAGAAUCCCAUUCAGAUAAUGAUUCGAGUGCCACCUGCAGCGCUGAUGAGGAAGUUGAUGGAGAACCUGACAGACAAGGUAUCUUCAGCAGGGAGUCAAAGCCGUCCCUUUUAAAUCCUACUGGGUCAAUACUGGUAUCAUCCACGAUAAAGCAAGGGCAAAUGGACCUGCAACAGCUUCACCACCGAGCUGCUGUCAUCCCACCUAUGGUUUCUUGCAGUCCCUGCACUGUCCCCGUUGGAACACCGGUGAGUGGUUACGCGCUGUAUCAACGGCACAUUAAAGCCAUGCACGAGUCAGCGCUGCUGGAGGAGCAACGCCAGAGGCAAGAGCAGCUGGACAUGGAGUAUCGAAGUGCUGUAAGCCCUUGUGGCACUUCCAAGAGCCCUAAUGUUGAGUGGGAAGUUCUCCAGCCAGCACCUCACCAAGUAAUAACCAACAUACCCGAAGGAGUCCGCCUUCCAACAACCAGACCUACUAGACCACCGCCACCGCUCAUUCCCUCCUCCAAAACGAGUGUGCCAUCCGAAAAACCUUCCUUCAUCAUGGGAGGCUCAAUCUCACAAGGAACACCUGGCACUUACUUAACAUCCCAUAGCCAAGCUUCUUACACCCAAGAAACUGCAAAGCCCUCAGUGGGUUCUAUCUCUCUCGGGCUGCCAAGGCAGCAGGAGUCAGCCAAAUCUGCUUCCCUGCCCUAUAUCAAACAAGAAGAAUUCUCUCCCAGAAGCCAGAAUUCUCAACCUGAGGGACUGCUGGUCAGGGCACAACAUGAAAGUGUGGUUCGAGGUACCGCAACCAUACAGGAGGGAAGUAUAACACGAGGAACUCCAACCAGUAAAGUUUCUGUUGAGACCAUUCCUUCUUUGAGAGGCUCCAUAACUCAGGGUACACCAGCUCUGUCCCAGUCUGGCAUAGCAGCGGAUGCAUUAUUGAAAGGAACUAUCACCCGGCUGGCUACAGAAGACAGCAGCCCGGAAAAAUGCAGAGAAGAAGCUUCAGCCAAAGGCCACGUUAUCUAUGAAGGCAAAAGUGGGCAUAUUUUAUCUUACGAUACUAUUAAAAAUGUUCGUGAAGGAACAAGGAGCCCAAGAACUGCUCAUGAAAUUGGUUUGAAGAGAAGUUAUGAUACAAUGGAAGGAAAUAUCAAGCAAGGAAUGUCAAUGCGGGAGUCUCCAGUGUCUGCGCCGCUGGAAGGUUUAAUAUGCCGUGCACUGCCUAGGGGUAGCCCCCAUGCUGAACUAAAAGAGAGAACAGUGUUGUCUGGCUCUAUAAUGCAAGGCACACCAAGAGCAACAGCAGAAAGUUUUGAAGAAGGCUUGAAAUACCCUAAACAGAUUAAGAGGGAGUCACCUCCCAUAAGGACAUUUGAAGGAGCCAUUACUAAGGGGAAACCGUACGACGGAGUCACCACCAUAAAAGAAAUGGGUCGUUCCAUCCAUGAAAUCCCAAGACAAGACCUCUUAAGCCAGGAGAGUCGCAAGACUCCUGAGAUGGUGCAGACGACCAGGCCAAUCAUAGAAGGCUCCAUAUCUCAGGGCACACCCAUAAAAUAUGAAAGCAACUCUGGCCAGUCUGCCAUCAAACACAAUGUAAAAUCUUUAAUCACUGGACCAAGCAAGUUACCCCGUGGAAUGCCUCAGCUGGAAAUGGUGCCAGAAAACGUGAAGGUGGUGGAGCGAGGAAAAUAUGAAGAUGUGAAGACCGGGGAUGCCGUACGUUCCCGUCACACGUCAGUAGUCAGCUCUGGUCCCUCUGUUCUCAGGUCAACUCUUCAUGAAACUCCCAAAUCACAGCUGAGCCCUGGGAUUUAUGAUGAUACCAAUGCUCGGAGAACACCUGUGAACUAUCAGAGUCCCAUGUCCCGGAGUUCACCUAUGAUGAAUAGAGUUAGUGAGGCUGGAAUAUCUUCUGGGAAGCCAGUAAAUCACGAAAGGAAAAACACCCUUACUCCGACGCAGAGGGAGAGCGUGCCAGCAAAAUCUCCGGUCCCGGGGGUUGAUCCUGUCGUGGCUCACAGUCCUUUUGACCCGCAUCACAGAGGAGCAACUCCUGAAGUCUAUAGGAGUCACCUCCCUCCUCAUUUAGAUCCUGCUAUGCCAUUUCACAGGGCUCUGGAUCCUGCUGCUGCUGCUUACCUGUUCCAAAGACAGCUCUCACCCACCCCAGGCUACCCAAGUCAGUAUCAGCUUUACGCCAUGGAGAAUACACGACAGACAAUCCUAAAUGACUACAUUACCUCACAGCAGAUGCAAGUCAAUUUACGUCCUGAUGUAACGAGAGGGUUAUCUCCCAGAGAGCAAACUUUAGCUCUGCCGUAUGCAGGAGCAAGAGGAAUUAUUGACCUGAACAAUAUGGCUCCCACUAUCUUAGUGCCUCACCCUGGAGGAACAAGCACACCACCCAUGGAGAGGAUUACGUAUAUCCCUGGUACCCAGCUCACGUUCCCUCCCAGGCCUUACAAUCCUGCUUCGCUGUCACCAGGACACCCUACACACCUGGCAGCUUCUGCAGCUAGGGAACGUGAGCGAGAGCGGGAAAGAGAACGAGAGCGAGAGCGGGAGAGAAUAGCUACAGUUCCUGCUGAGCUUUAUCUUCGACCAGGUACAGAGCAGCCUGGCAGACCUGGCAGCCAUGGAUAUGUUCGAUCCCCAUCCCCUUCAGUUAGAAGCCAGGAGAACAUCCUGCAGCAAAGGCCGAGUAUUUUUCAAGGAACCAAUGGGACAAGUGUAAUCACACCUUUGGAUCCUGCUGCCCAGCUACGUAUCAUGCAGCUCACUCCUGGAGCUCCCUCCAUUACUCAAGGGUUACCAGCUUCCCGUUACAAUACUGCUGCUGAUGCCCUUGCAGCACUAGUAGAUGCUGCAGCCUCUGCUCCUCAGAUGGAAGUUUCCAAAGCAAAAGAAAACAAGCACGAAGGAACCAGGAUAGAAGAAAAUAUGGGGCGCCGGUCAGCUGUGGUUACUGAGCAGCAGCAGAUGGAACAGAAGACACUGGAGGUAGAAAAGAGGCCUGUCCAGUGUCCCUAUACAUCUGCAAAUUUUUCUGGUGGCAAGUCCCAGGGACAGCCUUCAUCAGUAGUCUAUUCAGAGGCUGGUAAAGAGAAAGGGCCUCCUCCUAAAUCCAGGUACGAGGAAGAGCUGAGAACUCGAGGAAAGACCACAAUUACUGCUGCUAACUUCAUAGAUGUGAUCAUCACUCGACAGAUUGCUUCAGACAAGGAUGCACGAGAUAGGGGCUCUCAAAGUUCAGAUUCUUCCAGUAGUUUAUCCUCCCACCGGUAUGAAGCUCCUGGAGAUGCCAUUGAGGUGAUUAGCCCUGCAAAUUCACCUGUACCUGCUCAAGAAAAGCUACAGCCCUAUCAACAGGAGACACCUAAACCAAGCCAGGCAGAGAAUGACCCAAACAGGCAAUAUGAGGGGCCGAUUCACCGCUAUAGGACACAACAGGAACCCCCUUCACCCCAGCAACCUCCACCUCCCUCUUCCCAAGCAGAAGGGAUGGCACAUGUGCCCAGGACCCAUCGACUUAUCACCCUUGCUGAUCACAUCUGUCAAAUUAUUACACAAGACUUUGCUAGAAACCAAGCAGCUUCUCAGGCCUCUUUGCAGCCUCCCACCACUACAUUCCAGAAUUCCACCCCUGCUCCAACGCCUGUUUCUACCCGGGCAAAGACAUCAAAUCGCUACAGCCCUGAGUCACAGUCACAGUCUGUCCACCAUCAGCGGCCAGGUGCCAGAGUGUCACCUGAAAACCUCUCUGACAAGUCCAGGGGAAGACCUGGAAAAUCUCCAGAGAGGAGUCAUGUCUCUUCAGAGCCCUAUGAGCCAAUCUCGCCACCUCAGGUCCCGGUUGUACAUGAGAAACAGGAAAAUGUUAUUUUGCUUUCCCAAAGAACUGAGCCUACUGAACAGAGGACUGACUCUCGCUCUCCAGGUAGUAUAAGCUACCUGCCUUCGUUUUUCACCAAACUUGAGAACACUUCACCCAUGGUAAAAUCCAAGAAACAGGAGAUAUUUCGAAAGCUGAACUCAUCUGGUGGAGGUGACUCUGACAUGGCAACUGCUCAGCCAGGGACUGAAAUAUUCAAUUUGCCAGCAGUCACUACCUCAGGUGCAGUGAGUUCUAGGGGUCAUUCCUUUGCAGAUCCUGCCAGUAAUCUGGGUCUGGAAGACAUUAUUAGGAAAGCAUUGAUGGGAAACUUUGAUGACAAGAGUGAGGAGCAUGGAGUAGUAAUGUCACAAUCUAUUGCAGUAGCACCUGGUAGUUCCAAUGCUCCAGUAGCAGCAAGUAAUGAGACGCGUAGGGAAGAAGCUAAUCCAUCACCAAAUUCAGGGGGAGUCAGCAAGCAGAAGCUGAUCGGCAAGUCAAAUAGUAGGAAGUCAAAGUCUCCAAUUCCUGGACAGGGAUAUUUGGGAACCGAAAGACCUUCUUCUGUCUCAUCUGUACAUUCAGAAGGGGAUUACCACAGACAGACUCCAGUGUGGGCCUGGGAAGACAGGCCUUCAUCAACAGGUUCAACGCAGUUUCCUUACAACCCAUUGACGAUGAGGAUGCUGAGCAGCACGCCGCCAACAUCCAUCGCGUGUGCCCCACCGUCCAUGAGCCAAGCAACCACUCACCAACAGAACAGGAUAUGGGAGCGAGAGCCUGCGCCACUGCUUUCAGCACAAUACGAGACUCUGUCUGACAGUGAUGACUGAACUAUGCAGAAUUUUUUUUUAAAAAAAAAAAAAUUGCGGGUCAAAAAAAGAAAUCUAUUUUUGACUUGUGCCCAUAGAGACUUUCCAAGAGAGCGAGGGCCACACAAUGAAGAAUUGAUGGAGAGUCCGUUAAAUGCCUUCUGCACAGGCCGUGUGUUGGAGGAUUGUGAUCAAGAAGGUUUGACUUACUAAAGAUAAAUAUGUAAAGAGUUUUUAAAAACGUGGACUAUUCCUGUUCUACAUCUAUUUGUAAAGAAAACCUUAAUGUCUUUAAAUCAUUCUUCUGUAAAUAGAGAGUACUUUUUGCAGUGUUUUUUCCCUUGCUAUAGUAUCUGGUGUACUUAUGUUCAAAUCAUUGCCUAAACUUUGGGGGUCAUUUUGUAAUUUUUUUUUUUUAAGCAUUUUCUUCAGUGUAGAGUACUCUUCAUAACCCUAGCCUCCCUACCAGCCUAGUCUAACCAGAAACCUAGCCUCCCGACCAGCCUAGCAUCAUUGCCCAUUUAAUGCCGUGCCACUUCUCGCAGGCAUUGUGCUUUUAUAUAAUUUUAUUUUUUCCCCUAGACACACUUUCUCAGUGGUGUUCAAGCUCUUGUGAAAAUGUUAAUUUUUAAGACUGACCCCUUAAUGAAUUCUGUACAUUAACAUAGUCCGAUUUGCUGGAAUAAGAUGAUAUAUUUCUUUG